AUGGAAAAGACAGAUGAAGAAGAAGAAAAAAGUGGUACCAUUGAUGAAUAUGGUAAAAAUGAUGAAAAAAGUGGUACAAUAGAUGAAUGUAGUGAAGAUGAAGAAAAAAGCGAUGAGGCAGAAAGUAGUAUUGCAUUUGGGUUUCAUAAAGAUGACAUACAUAAUCUUACUUCUGUCAAGAGUGGAGAAGAUGAAAAAGAAAAUGGUUAUGUGGAUGGAAGUUAUGGAUCUUCUUCAGAUAUAUCUAUCCAUGGAGAGUUUGAAGAGCCAUUAACUGAUAGCCUAGAAAUUUCAAAAACUACUAUGCAGACCUUGGAGAGUAUUAGUGUUGGGCAAUUAUAUAGCAGCAAGACAGAGUUACAGCAUAAGUUGCAGCUGAAUUUUGAUUUUGUAACUUACAAGUCGACAAAAGAUCUGCUAGUGCUCAAGUGUUAUAUUGCUGGUUGUUCAUGGAAGAUUCGUGCAUCAGCAUUCAAAUCAACCAGUGAGUUUAAAGUACGAAAGUACAUAGAUAUUCACACAUGUCCAGUUACUCAGAGGAGUUCUCGUCAUCUCCAACACAUAUAUGGGCAUCGUAGCUAUGUCAUUGGUGGCAAGAUUCCUUGUGUUGUUGAUAUACAACAUGGGACUUGUACUUGUCAUGUUUACGAUCUUGACGGGAUACCUUGUCAACAUGCUCUUGCUGCCGUUGGAAAACGACAAAAUCUACAUUUUGAGAAUCUGGUAUCUCCUUACCACUCAAAGAUUAAUUGGUACAAUGCUUAUGCAGAUUCGGUCAAUCCAGGAAGUGUGGAACCUCCUAUAGAUGGGCCAACUAAAAAAUGUCUUCCACCAUUGCAAAAUCGUGAUGCUGGUAGACCAAAUAAAUCAAGGUAUCUUUCUGCACUCGAAAAAGCAAUGGGCAAUCAACCACCAAACAAAAAGAUAAGAAAAGAGCAAAUGUUUGAUGAACAACCAACUCAAAGUCCCGCAAGAAGUACACAUAUUUCUCUUUUAAAAAGUUGCAGUUACACCACGAGGCAAGAUAAGAAACCCGAGGAAUGGAAAGAGAGAGAGUCUUGUAAAGAGGAAAGAGCAAGACAGCUCAAUGGUGGAACUGAAGAGGGAACAGAGCAUGAGAAAGUAACAUGA